CAAAUUUCAAAUACAAUUAAAUCAUAUAAAUACAAAAUAAUUGAGCUCCUAAUAGGAGUUUCUCUUAUAAACGAUUUAUAUAUUUAAUUUAUUUGGAAAAUAAAAAAUAACAAAUAAUUAUAAUAGUAUGGGGAUGGCUAAAACUAUUAAAGUUAUUUUCUCUCUAGCUUUUGUGGUGUUCUUGGCUUUUGCAGCAACCAAUAUUGAGGCAAGAUACAUAAGCUAUUUUGGCCUUCAUAAAGGAGAUCCCGAAUUCGGUUGCAGUAAACUACACCCUCAAUUCUGCAAGAAGGUACAAGCCAAUCCUUAUAGAAGAGGUUGUGAGGCUAGCCAACGUUGCCGUGAUAACGCUCAAAAGUAGACCACCACUCUUGCUUAAUUUUUAAAUGCCAUCCCCAUAUUAAUAUCAAAUGAUUAAUUCCAUGUGUUUGUUAUUUAUAUUCUUUUAUUGCUCAUGUAACUGAUUGUUACCCUAUUAUUUAUGAUAAUCAAUAAAAUAAUUAUAUUUAUGUUA